ACCGCCAUUUUGACCACUAAGCGGUCGACCCGGCGGCGUUUGGCCUCGUCACUCGCUCCUGUCUCCUGUCGAUGGAGUCCGUCGCGGCAUCGCCUGCGAUCGCCUCGUCGCCGUCUUCCUUCUCCUUCUUCUCUCGCAAGAGAAGCGCCCGUAGACGCCAAUCGCUCCUCCCGAUCGCCUCCAAGAAUUGGGGAGAUGAUGCUGAUCUCAAUUCGGACUCCGAGAGCACGAGUCUCGUUCCUUUCCUCGGCAAUCGCGCUCCCAUUUCCCCGCUUCCCAAGGAUAAGGCUAUGGGCUUGGUUUUAAGCGCGGCAGCUGGAAGAGGGUGGACGACGGGAUCGGGAAUGGAAGGCCCUCCGAUCCCCGCCGACUCCGAUUCCGCUGAUCGGACGGUUCUCACGUUCCCCUGGUCCCUCUACACCCGAUCUCCGCGACGUCGAAUGCGCGUGGCCUUUACCUGCAACAUCUGUGGCCAGCGGACCACUCGUGCCAUCAAUCCUCAUGCGUAUACGGACGGCACCGUGUUUGUUCAGUGUUGCGGCUGCAAUGUGUUCCAUAAAUUGGUGGACAAUCUGAAUCUGUUCCACGAGAUGAAAUGUUACGUGAACCCUAGUUUCCGCUACAAAGGAGACAUGCCGUUCAAUCACAUUGAUGCAGAUGAUGAUCAGGACAUCUUUCCCUUCUUAUGAGCUCAUGGAUGUUACCACUGUGAAAUCUGUGGCCAUGACAUGUUUACAAGGGAAGAUGUGAAGAGGCCUUAUUACUCUGGAUCAUUUCCCAGGUGACUCGUCUGCCUUUUCUGGAAUAGCUUCAUUUCUACUUGGUCUGAUCCAUCCACAGUCAUUAACAGAAAUGCUCUCGUUUGCCCAAAUCUUACUACAGAGAUGACAUUACAAUAGAUGCAAGAAGCCUUGCAAGUAGAUCUCAAUAUCCCCAUUGACUUUAGAGGAGUGACUAAGGAGUUUUUAUCUUUAUUUCUUCUAAGAUGGAGGUGAACUUCUGAGUUAGAAAUGAUACUUCAAAACAUGCUACAUCGUGUAAGAAGUUGGACCAACAUGGAACCUCUUUGUAGUCGUGGUUCAAUUGUUCAAUCAUUCCAUGGUCCACAUGAUGAAUGA